UAUAUGGUCAUGAUGUGAUGUUAUCUUGACCAUAUUUAGGCAUGUCACAUUUUUUUUUUAUCAAAUACAGUUUGAAAUUCUGGACAGGGCUUAACUUUAUAUUUUAAGUGUACUUGCUAAUGCUAAUGAAAAUACUUUGACUAAUGCCAACAACGUACUUUUAAAACUUUUCGUCUAUAUAUUCAAGAACCACUUACAGUAAUUAACAUAGUUUCUGAAUUUAAAGGCAGCUAGCUGUGGAUGUGAGUGUAGCUGUUGCAUACAUCACCUUUGCUUUGACUACUGGGACUGGUGCAGCAUUUUGUGCUGUGCGAGCAGACCCACUGGGGCUGAUUAUUUUGUGGUUAAUUUAUUUUAUCUGAGGGUAUGAUAAUGUAUUUUCAAAUAGGCGUUUAUAGGUAUUGUUAUGAAUUGCUGUACUAAUGAUGUACCAAUAAAAAUUAUGCAAUAUAUAUUAAUGCAUGAAUUCAAGAUACCUUUACCAUAAUAUUAGGUAAAUAAUAUGGUGAGCCGUACUAGUCUUAACAGUAAUCAAACAAUAAGAAAAUGGUAGCACUUUAUAGACUAGUUGAAAUAUGUAUUGUCACAAGCUAGAUAGGGAAAUUUGUGAACAGAAAAUAAUUAAUCAAAUUGACUGUGUUAACUUGGGUUUAAACAAAGACUAUGGCUUUCUUGCCCACUACAGGGAAUGAUUUCAUUGUUAUGUUAAUACCUCCAUUGUUUCUAUUACUUGCCUUUUGUUUUAGACCUUUAAUAUUUGAUUGCAUGUUGCUCCUCUUAUCAUUCACCUGAAGAAGUGUACUGUGUACACGAAAGCUUGUGACAAUACAUAAUAUUAGGAUUAUCAUUAUUCUUGCAAAAUACAGUAAGCCUGUGCAUAUAUUUAAAGCUAAAUGAGUUAUUCAGCUGUUUGAGGGGGUGUCAACUCUGGAAAAAAAAAAUAAUAUCCAUUUAGUCUUGACACCAUGUGUAUAAACUAGCUAGUUCUGAUUAUUUUUCCAAAUAUGGGUGUGAUAACCAUGCCCAUAUAUGGGCAAAUAUAAGUUUGGCACAAAAUAUGAUAGUAUGGACAAAAUUUGGGUAACUUGCGAGCAUAUACACAUGACACAUAUAUUUUAUAUAAUUUUUAAAAAUUUGCUACAGAUUUCCUAUUCAAUGUGUUGUUAUUCUGACAAAUGCCACCAAAUUUAUGAAAUGUUCACAUGCACUAUGAACCAUGACACUCUUUUUGGCUAUUGUGUAGAUAUGGGCAAGGUUAUAUUAUGUUUACUUAGUAAUGGGAUCCAAUAAAAAUCCACAUAGCAUACUAGUACAGAUAUACUUUGUGCCUUUUGAAUAACCAUUGUACAUGGGCCUACGAUACUAUGACAAGACUUAUAUAGCUCCAUAGGUUCAACCCCAAGGUAAUGUGUGAACAUGUAAAAAAAAAGCUAGUGGAUCCACUGAGAAGCGGUCUUAAAAAGGUCAAGUGUCAUACUACUGCUGGUAUAAAAUUGGAAUGAUUAAAUAUGAUUAGCCUCCUGAUGAACAGGGCAUGUUUAUUUGGCCUCGAUGGUGAUGACUUAAUUCCUCCCUCAUUCAGUCCAUGCUUAUUCUAACAGAUGCUUGAUUUCCUGUAUUUCUGCUGACUGAUUUCCUGCAAUAAACUUCUUUAUAUAUCUUUUGGAACUCAGUGGUAUUUUGUACAGCGUUUUUGAUGUUUUGAAGUUGGACUGUUUCAUUACCUGGUGGUUAAUCGUUGCUAAAAUGCAGUUUAUUUUGAUAAUUUUCACCUUAUUUUUUAAGGUUUCACUGAUAAGUUCUCAUCCACAAUGUCUUGAUUUUUACCCACCAUUUGAAAAUAGUGAAGAUUUAACAUUUUGCUCAAUGUACUAUGAACUUUCCUGCUGUACUGUUGAACGCGACAAUGAGCUUUAUGACGAGUACCUUGCGAUUACGCGAAAAAUGAGCGAUGAAAAUCCAUCCUAUUGCGUUGAUUAUAUCCGGGAUAUCUUAUGUCAGGAAUGUUCUCCGUACGCUGCCCACCUGUAUGAUUCCGAAACAACUGGAACAAUACGCCCUUUACCGGGACUAUGUAAUCACUAUUGUAUUUAUUUUCACAGUCUGUGUUCAAAUGUUAUUCCAUUAUUAACUGAAGAUUCUCAUCUACGAAAAAUGGGAAAAAGAGGAAGUGUUGAAUUUUGCGAUGCCGUAGAAAUACCCGAUAUGGACUAUUGCUACCCUAAUAUAUUGGAUAAUGCAGACUUGAACUCCGAACUCGAUAGAGCAUUAGGAGGAAUAGGGGAUGGUUGCCUGUGCCUUGAGGAAUUUGCAAAUGGACUUCGGAAUCCUGUUCUUGCUGUUCAUGCAAAUGAUAGCACUCACAGACUUUAUGUAGCAGAGCAACUUGGGAUCAUCCAUGUGUACCUUAGAAAUGGGUCCAGAAUCGACAAACCAUUUCUUGAUCUCAGAAAGGCGGUUCUGACAUCAACAAGAAGAGGUGAUGAGAGGGGUCUCCUGGGAUUAGCUUUCCAUCCAAACUAUAAAGAAAAUAAUCGUCUGUUCGUAUUCUACACUACAACAGAUGAAGAAACGGACACUGAUACUGUACGCGUUAGUGAAUUCUCCACAAAGGUAAAUAACGGUAACAGGGUGGACACUAAAUCCGAAAAGGUGAUACUCCAAGUGGUCGAACCAGCAGCCAAUCACAAUGGGGGUCAGAUGUUAUUUGGUACUGACGGUUAUUUAUACGUUUCUAUAGGUGAUGGUGGGAAAGCUGGAGAUCCUUUUGGCAAAUAUGGAAAUGCACAAAACAUGACAAAUUUAUUAGGUAAGAUCUUAAGAAUUGAUGUUGAUUCCGAAGAUGAUGGUAAAAAUUACGCUAUCCCUCCAACAAAUCCAUUUGUUUACCGCAAUAAAAAUAGGACCAGACAUGAAAUAUAUGCAUAUGGUGUCCGUAACAUGUGGAGAUGUGGUAUGGAUGCAGGGGAUCUGGAAACUGGUGAAGGGAGAGGACGCAUCAUAUGCGGUGAUGUUGGACAAUCUGCUUACGAAGAGGUCGACAUCAUCAUCAGUGGUGGGAAUUACGGGUGGCGUGCAAAGGAGGGUUUUGAGUGUUACGAUGAGGAAAUGUGUGAUGAUCCACAGUGGCUUGUGGACGAAGUUCUUCCAAUUCAUGCCUAUCCUCAUACGGUUGGUAAAUCCGUGAUUGGUGGACACAUCUAUCGAGGUUGUUUGUUUCCUAAUAUGAAUGGACACUAUAUAUAUGGAGAUUUCAUGAAUGGGCGGUUGUUCAAAUUGGUUGAGAAUAAUGGAACAUGGGAGAACAGUGACAUAUGUUUGGGAGAUUCAAUUCAUUGUUACUCUCCUGGGCUGGAUUUUUUAGGAAGUAAUGAAGUUAUUAAGCUGUCAUUCCUGAGGCGGAAUCCAUCUGAAUGUCCGAUAAAUGAGGAAGGAUUCCCAAUUAAAGGGACAAUUACACCAUUUACUCCAAGUAAACCAAAACCCCAAUAUAUCACCUGCAUGUCUGAUGGUAGUAGCAUGGGCUUUUCACAUCGUAAUAUUAAACUGGUCCAUCUUCACCGUCCAGGAAUCACUACCUGUCCGAAGACUUGCAACACACCGCUGAUGACCAAUGUUACCUACUGCAGAAGUUCAUUUGCCAUUGUUGUACAAAUCCAGAAAGUAUCGGUGUUCAACCGGUACAAAGAAAUAAAAGUGUUGGUCCCAUACCUGUAUCGCCUAGACAAAGGGGUUCGUAGACCAGACUACGAAGACACAUUAAUAGCAUAUGGACGUUCCAGAAAAUGUCCCUGCCCAAAUUUUCAAGUUGGAAUGACUUACAUUAUCACAGGUCGGUAUGAGAGGAGUACAAAGGAGUUUGUUGUCUCAGAACUGUCUGUCGUACAGCGUUGGUAUUGGUACUGGAAUAUCCAACUCUAUGCCUAUCUCAAUACAUGUAAUAAGGCGAGUUCAUUACAAUGGGAAGAUAAUGAAAACUAAUGCCUUAUAAAUGCCUCUUAUUCACUAGCUAAAAUUACUCUGUCGUACAAUGUUGAGAUAAUUCUAAUUUAAUUUUUAAUGUAGUAUUGAAAAUUGUUAUUAGCAUAGUUUACCGUAUUAAAAUGCUUUUUAUGCAUACUGUGUAUAGAAGAAAAUCGUUUGUAAAGCCGACAUCUAAGUGCGAAACUAGAUUAACAAUAAAUAUUAAUAAUAUAGAAUUUUAUUAAAAAUACACUUUUGUUAAACUUCAUAUUAAGUUAUUCUUCGAAAUUUGCGAACUUGUCUGUCUUGUUUAAUAAAACUUUUUCCUCAAUUUAUAAAA